ACUCGCUAUACAGAUCCGCGAUUCCUGCCAUCAAAAAGGCGCUUUCGCCGGAUCCUCUGAGGACCAACAUCGCCAUUCGCUAUAGUCUCACGGUACCGAAAAUUCUACAGCGCGUCAUGGAACGAAUUUCGCGCUGCAUCCUCAACGGAAGUGUCGACGAUCGCACGCCUCAAUUCCAUCGACGGCUCGUGGCCCCGAGUCUUGAUUGGUUUCGUACGACUGCGAAGUCGUGGAUCGGGCAUGCGCGGGAAGGGAAGCACAGGUGUUGCGCUGCAUGAAGCCAGACGGAGUUCCGCUUCCGGCUCUUCGCGAGGAAUCGACUCCGUCGGUAGAUUCCGUUCACAGCAGGAAUGAGGGAAAGAGCAUUGCCUCUGUGGGCGCAAAUCUUGAAUCCUCAUCUUCGCGUGCUCGCAGUGGAGCUGCAUCAGCUUUGUGCAUGCGCUGGAUGAACAUUCUGAACACUGGCCUUGCGAAAGAGCUGGUCCGUAGAACGUGGAAUUCUGGGCUCCUCGAUACCGUUUUCGACCCCGGAUGUUUCAUAAAUCGGGGGAUUUUCUCUAUAUCCUCAGUAUCACGAUAGGCAAAGCCUCCCGUCAUCUCUGCAAUUCGGACGAGUCUGGAACUGCCGAUUGUCUGUGCAAUGCGCACAAUUCCGGAUUAAAGUUGGAAAUUGGAAUUUUUGGGGAGCCAAAAAGGCGGGAUCGCGCCACGACGUUAUCUGCCUGUGACGAAGUGAAAGCGGAGUGUGGCAGUCGUUAAUAGAUGGAACAUUCGCCGUUGAGACUGACGUUCCACUUGUUCGGUUCAAGAAGCUCGAGAGCGUAGGCUGUAAAUUGGAAGAUCUGGUGUGAGGCAAGAUAACGCGUAGAUUUGUUCGUCCGACGGACGGACUUCUGUCUACGCUAUCAAGACUUAUAGGAGCGGAGGAGAUACGCGAUUCGGUAAUGGCAGCGAUGGAAUCCCCGAGCAAGACUUCCGAGGGCAACACCCUGAAUAGAAUGAUAUCUAGAGCUCAAGGACACGCACCACGCUCAGAGCAAGUGAAGACUGUUGGGACGUGGUUACUGGCAGGUCUCGUUAUCGUGGCCGUUGGUGGUACUGCUGUCGUGGGCAUUUCCAUCAUAUUAGCCUUCGUGGUGCCCUUGCUCAUCUUCUUCAGUCCUGUGCUGAUCCCACUGGGCAUUGUCUUAUUCCUUGCCGCAGCAGGCACCGUGUCUGCUGUUGGUUCCGGCAUUCUCGCGAUCUCUGGAAUCUCGUGGCUCUACAAUUACUGCAAUGGAAGAGAUCCUCCUGGCGCUAACCGCGUAGACGCAGCUCGGGAGCGGAUUGUCUGCACCGCCCGUGAGUUCAAGGAAUGGGCCAGCAACUACAGCAGUCAGAUGCGGGCAGCUCCGUCAGCUUGAGACCGAGGAGACAUGUUUCCACCUUGGCGUCUGUUUUCUCCAGGUGUAUCUCAUUUUUCUGGCAAAUGCAUUGAAGGAGCCUAUCGAGCAGCACGUGGUCUACACAUUACGUUUGCCAACUGUUGAGAGGAAACACCGAGAUCAACGAAAUGAAGUGGUAUCAGCCGACUCCAUGUUUCGAAUGCAGUUCAUGACUACGGCAGAUGUGGAAGUAAAUCACCUUAUGCAAGACAGAGUUAGGGAGGGAGGGUUUCGGUACUUCACGGGUAGCCAAAAUUUGAAGACCGAAGUUGUCUUUUGUACAGAAGUGCUUCCAUACAUCUUUGUAAUGGUUGGUCUUGUUUUUCUUCAUUCCUUAUACGAACAUGUCAAUUGACGUACUCA